AUGGUACGGUGAGGCUGCCUCUUAGAUCCUAGUCUCCUGAUUCUGGGUGGCCCAGUCAUGGCCAUUUCGGCAGCCCUGGGCAUCGUCAGCUAGCAGACUACCUUAGGUAUGGCGCCACCGGACGUCCAGGGAUUAGGGAACAUAAAUAGGUGCAUUUUCUGGUUUGUGUUGCUGUCGUCGAACAGACACGAUCAAACAGCAUGAACCAAGCCCUGAUUAGCGGCAACAUUGCAAGCAUCACGACAAACCCGCACGUGCGGGUUGCCCUGGCUAAGGCUACCUACACUUAACUUCAAAUGGAGGACGAAGGGUACUAUCACAUGAUGCUACACGACAUGGAGAGACUCGAGCGGAUUCACCACCAUGUUGAGGUCCCUGACACGGCGUCAGCUCGACCGCAGCGAGUGCAGCCAUACAGCCCCCGGAUAUCCGGCUUGUGGGCAUCUUUGGAUGGCGCCGUCAAGGGAGGCCUUGAGCGGUUCCAUCUCUCACGGGCAUGGCACGAGCGAAAGAGUGACAGAACGAUUGACAGUUCUUAAGUGCGAGUCGUGCGAUGACACAUGAACGCAAUGGCGGUUUGGCCUAGAUGAGAAAGAGGAGCAGAAAGGGGAAAGGAGAAGAGACGGGGGGGAAUGAAUACGAUUCCGUGCCUUCCUUUUCUUGGCAUGGCUUGAGCCGACACUCCUUCCCAUCAUCAGACUUACGGUACUUGACAUCACCCGCAAAGUACUACAGGAAGU